AUGGCCGAGGGUCAGAUCUCCACGUCCGCCGCCUGGUGCGUCUUCUACGGCGCGGGCAUCAUCGGCACGCUGGUCCUGUAUGGCAUUCUGCAGGAGGGUAUCAUGACGGUGGCCUAUGAUGGAAACCUCUUCCAGUACUCCGUGUUCCUAGUGCUUUGCAAUCGACUGGCCGCUGUCGUAUUCGCCGUGGGCAUGACGGCCGCCAAGGGCGAGUCCAUGCAGAAUGCUGCUCCUCUUUGGAAGUAUCUCAUCGUCUCGCUUUCCAACGUUUACGCCAGCUCCUGCCAGUACGAGGCCCUGAAGUACGUCUCUUUCGCGGUCCAGAUGCUGGGGAAGAGCUUCAAGAUGAUGCCCGUCAUGAUCUGGGGCAUCAUCAUCGCCGGCAAAGCCUACAGCGGCCGUGACUGGCUGGUGGCGCUCACCGUCACUCUCGGAUGCACCGAAUUCCUCAUGACGGGCCCUACCCAUUCCAAGGUGGACGCUAGCAACAGCUUCAAGGGCUUCUUGCUGCUGGGCUGCUUCCUUGCCUUGGAUGGGCUCACUUCCACCUUCCAGGAAAAGCUGUUCAAGGAGCACAAAACGACAAAGUACAACCAGAUGCUCUACAUCAACCUCCUCUCAGCGACUGUGUCCUUCAUCACCUUGCUGGCAACAGGUCAGCUGGCUCCGGCGGUGGCAUUUGGCUUCGCUCAUCCACAGUUCUGGUUGGAUUCUGCUUUGCUCAGCGGUUCUGCGGUUGCGAGCCAGUUCUUCAUCUACUCGCAGAUCAAGGAGUUCGGCGCAUUGGUCUUCGCAGCGACGAUGAACGUCCGUCAGGUUGUGUCCAUCCUGGUGUCAUACCUGAAGUAUCACAAUCCGGUGACACCGCUUCAAAUCCUCGGCUUGGGGCUCAUCUUCUCCGCCCUCUUCUACAAGUCCGUCGCUGCCAUGUUGGAAGCGCCUUCCAAGGAGGAGAAGAAGCCUAUCCUCGCGAAUGCCAAGGCCGAAGAUGCAAUCGAGACUUCAAAGGACAAAGACGAUGCCGGUAAGGUCGUUUGA